CUAUGACCCCGUCCAGCCAGUACGGAAACUGGUUUUCAUUUCGCCGGGGCCGAAGAGGAGCGGUAGAGGACAUGGGGGAUGACGAUGACUACGAGAAUGUGAGCCCGACCAACGAGGCUCCCCCGGUCAAACCUGGGAAGAGGAAGGCCCAGCGUCCAGGGUCCAUAGCUCCCCCGAGACCUCCCCGAGCUGGGCGGGGCUUGGCGAAGCCAUCUCUCCCCGACAAAUCCCCCAAAGAAGACCUGAGUCUCACCACUGUGUCCUGCCCACCCCCACGUUUGGGGCUAGAUCUGAACUCCACCGCGGUUGCAAUGGCUUUCGAGCCUCCCCAGGAUGUUGGUCCCCCCGCACGGCCCAGCCCAAAGGGGAAGAUGGUGGUGUCUCUGUGUGUGCUGGUGGGGACUGCGUUGCUGCUGGGCUUGACUGGGCUUGCUCUAACCCUGCUGAAGUACCAGGAGACUGCACAGGAACUGAGGAUGUUAACCCUUAAGCAACUGGAAUGGGUGAUGAACGUGUCAAAGGUGAUAGCGGAGGCCAAGAGGGAUCGGGAGGCGAUCCGAGCUGAUGCCAGGAGAGAGCUGGCCAAUCUCUGGGCUGUAGUCCCGAACGUGUCUGAGAUAAGGAAGGACAUUGAACAGAUCAAAAUGGACACCAAUCGGGCUGUGGAGGAGCUGCGAGACAUGUUAGGCUGUCCCUGUAACAUCUGCCCAACGAACUGGCUCCCUUUCAAGGGCAAAUGCUACUACUUUUCCACCAUCACCAAAACCUGGGAGAAUGCUGCUCGUUUCUGCAUGGAAAACUUUUCUCAUUUGGUCAUCAUCAGCAACACGGAGGAGCAGAAGUUUGUGGCCAAGGCGCAUGGCUCUCCCCGGAUAUACUGGCUGGGCCUCAGUGACAGACUUCGUGAAGGGCAGUGGCAGUGGAUGGAUGGCUCUCCUGUGUCCUUAAGCUUCUGGCAACCGGGCGAGCCAAACAACCGAAACGAGGAAAACUGUGGCACUAUGAACCAAGAUGGUUCUUGGAAUGAUCUGAACUGCGCCCAGACAACGUACUGGAUUUGUGAGAAGCAAUGCACCUGCUGACUCCCUCUGGCUAAGCCUUAGAGGGAGGGGUGGCGAGGAAGGGGAGACUGGUUACAAACUGUUUCCGAGUUGUGCCUCCUGGUUUCUUGGACGUGACUCUUGCAAUUUUGGGGGCCCGUCUGACGGUCUGCAGCACUUUUGGGCAUUACACCAGGGCUACAGUGACCUUACUGCCAGUCCUCACUUUACUGAUUUGCAACCAGAUGCAAGUCAAGAUAAUGUGUGACUUCGCCUGUGAGUUCCAUGUGGGACAGGGACCGGGUCCAACCUGAAUAACUUGUAUCUAUUCCAGCACUUAGAACGGUACUUGCCACAUAGUAAGCGCUUAACAAAAUAGUCACAGGCAAAAAGCUAGGCCUGAGCAGCCAGCUGCAUCGGGAGAAACGUGUUGGGGGAAAGGCCUUACUCUUACCCCACUUGGUAAGUGAUCCAGAUCUGAAUAAUAAUAAUAAUAAUAAUAACAAUAAUAAUG